GUACUGGUCCUCUUCGACUACGACCAUGGCGAUCAUGAAGCUCGCUCUGGUAAUUCUCGCAAGUUUUUGCCUGCUAGCCCAGGCAGUGCAGCAACUACCCAGCCAGGUGGCCGACAAGACCUACUUGGUCAGGCAAAAGAACAUCUACGAACUAUUCUGGCACGUUGAUCAACCGACUGUCUAUCAUCCGGAACUCUAUCAGAAGGCUCGCACUUUCAACAUCCUUGAGAAUGUCGCCAAUUACAACGAUCAGAAGGCAGUGAAGGAAUUCGUGCAGCUUCUGAACCACGGCAUGCUGCCGCGUGGACAAGUAUUCACCAUGAUGAACAGAGAAAUGCGUCACCAAGCUGUGGUGCUUUUCCGUGUCCUGCUCAGUGCCAAAACGUUCGACAUGUUCUACCACACUGCUGUCUGGGCUAGGUUCAACGUGAACGAGCUCAUGUACGUCUACUCUCUCAGCAUCGCCAUGAUCCAUCGUCCUGACACCAGAAUGAUGAAACUGCCGCCAAUGUACGAAGUAGUGCCGCACUUGUUCUUCAACGACGACGUCAUGCAAAGAUCCUACAACAUCGCCAUGGGUGACACAGCUGGCGUAAAGAAGACCGUAGGCGGUGUCGAGUACUAUGUACUUCCGGCCAACUAUAGUGGCUGGUACACCACCAGACACAACCAACCCGAACAGAGACUGAACUACCUUACCGAGGACGUUGGCUUCAAUAGCUUUUACUUCAUGAUCAAUCACGAUCAUCCACCUUUCAUGCCCGCCAGCAUGCUCAACACGCCACAGCCUCGCGGUGAAUACUAUUUCUUCAUCCAUAAACAAUUGUUGAACAGAUAUAAUCUUGAGAGACUUAGCCAUAACAUGGGUGAGAUUAACUACGUGAACGUGAACCGACCCAUUAUGACUGGAUACUACCCCACCAUGCACUUGCGUAACGGAGUUUCGUUCACCCAGAGGAGAACCGGGACCAUCGUGCCAAGUCACAUGCAAAGACACGUCCAGAUGUUGCAAGACUUGCACACUAGACUCUCGAACGCCAUCGACGCCGGUUUCGUCUUGGACAGUCAGGGCAACCGCGUCAACAUCUACACCAAGGACGGAUUGAACAUUCUUGGUAACCUCGUGCAAGGUAACGCUGACAGCGUCAACUUGCAAUACUACGGACAGUUGGACUUGCUCAUGAGAAAAGUCUUCGGGCUUGGUUCCGAGUCGAACAUCAGAUACCAAGUGGUACCGUCUGCUCUCCAUCUAUGGUCCACCAGUAUGAGAGACCCUGUUGUCUUCAGCAUCUACAAGACUAUCCUGGACUAUUAUCACAGAUACAAGGAGAACCUCCCGAAAUACACGAUGGAGGAACUGAGCUUCCCUGGCGUGGCCGUUCAAUCCGUAACCGUGGACAAGCUUACCACUUACUUCGACCACUUUGAAUCCAUGCUCAACAACGGAAUGUCCGUUCGUAGCCAUAAAGAGGCUAGGAACACCCUGAUCAAGGCUCGUCAAUACCGUCUCAACCACAAACCAUUCACCUACCAUAUCACCGUGAACAGCGACCGGGACACCAGGAGUGUUGUUCGUAUCUUUCUUGGACCGAAACAAGACGAAUUCGGUCACGAAGUUGAUCUCAUCGCCAACUACAUGAACUUCAUGCAGAUGGACGAAUUCUUGGUUGACCUGAAAACUGGCACCAACACCAUCGACAGAAGCAGCCACGAGUCCAUUUUCGUUGUCCCUGACGAAACUCCCAGCGAUGUCCUCUACAAGAAGCUCGUCACAAGCCUCGAGAGCGGCGAAGUCUUCAAGUACUCCACGCAGCCUUAUGGCUUCCCCGACAGGCUCAUUCUGCCAAGAGGCACAAAGGACGGUAUGCCGUACAACCUGUUGGUCAUGGUUUCACCGGUCGACGAAUCGAACCUCGUCCACAUUGAGUCUCCUAUAUGGGGCCGCAUCACCAGCGACGGACGUCCCAUGGGCUUCCCUCUGGACAGACCUCUCAAUCCUCUAGUCAACGUGCCUAAUAUGCACGUCACUGAGGUCCUCGUCCAUCACAGAGAUGUGGAGGAACUGAACGCUACCGUUUAAGAGGAUUUGAAGUUCCUUU